UGUACUCUUUUCUCUCCGUUUCCCAGCCCACUCAACCUCGCCCUACCCUCACCCAAGCACUCCGAAUUGAGCCAGCACCUCACCUGCUGCUCAGAACCACGCCAUAACCUCAGCCCACUGCUCGCCUGCUCAUAUCGUUUCCGUCUAGAGCCGCUAACCAUCCAGGUACAUUUUUUUUUUUGUUUUUUUUUUGUCUAAUUCGUAUUGAACUUUGUUCAUGGGAUUCCUUAUUUUGAAGGUGAAUCAUCAUUGAACUCACAAGUGCAAUUUUGGUAUUAGUUAGUUAAAGAAGAUUUGUGUAUUAUAUUUGUGUUGGUCUAUCAGUUAGGGUCUUGGGGACUUCUGGAAGGAGCAUAAAAAAUUAUGGUUCAUUCCUUUCACCCUAAAAUGCUCUUUUUCUUGAUAGGAGCAUUUGAAAUUGAAGAUAUGGUAGAUGACAUGAAAGGCUUCUCAAAUUCUCUUUUGUUUUCACUGCCCCUUUACAAAAGAAAUACGGAGUACUAAAUUAAUAGAGAAAAUUUGUUUAGGCCUUUAGGGUGAAUAAAACAAAACUGCACACACAUGAAGGCUUACGAGAGGAUUGAAAAUAUGUUUCUAUUCUUAACAGAGUAGGUGAAGAUUUCUUAACAUAAUUGGGCUUAGUAACAGAAUUGGGAUUAAACCUUUAUAUGGAUUAGAUGAUGACUUUUAUUAUAAUUCAGAGUCUUUUUUAUUCUACAGCACCUUUCUUGAACAUGUGUGGUUAUUUUACUAAUUUUUUGAGUAUAGAAAUGAUCGUGCGCAGUUAAAUUUUUAGCUGAAAUUUGGUAUGAGUAAACUAGACUUAAUGAAGAAGAUGCUCAAAAAAUUUCAUCAAAAAAUUCCACUGGGGACCGCCCCAAAUGGCGACGGCCGGACAGAAUCUCCUACAUAAGGGGUGAUUUGCACUUUUUUGGUGACAAAUGAUUCACAAGAAUUCCAUAACUCAAAGCCAGACAUUUGCUGGAUCAGGUUGUGCAUGGCGGAACUGUUGAGCACUUGAGCGUUGACAGAAGCUGAAGACUAAGUAUUUGGUGGGCAUGAUAGGAAGAUAUAUACGAUGCUUGAAGUGUCUGUAUAUACCAAAAAUCUUGAAGAACCAGUUUCAUAUGUCAGUUUCGGUGAUCUGCCGGUUCAUUUCGUCUAGUCCCCAAAUUAUUCACUCCAGAAGACAAGAAAUAGGGCCUAUUCAAUCCCCUGAUUACGAACUUUCUUUGGUUUCUUCUUUGAAAUCCUGUUCGGCCUUCUCCUCUAUCCCCCAAGGCCAGCAGCUUCAUUGCCUUAUCUUGAAAUCCGGGCUUGAUACCAACAUUUUCAUUGUGAACAGUUUAAUGAGUUUCUAUGCAAAAUGUCAAUCCGUCGACGAUGCUAAGAAAAUAUUUGAUCUGCUCCCUUGGUUAGAUCCCGUUUCUUGUAACAUUAUGCUUUCUGCUUAUGCUAAACUAGGAUGUGUAGAUAAGGCAUGCCAACUGUUUGAUAAAAUGCACCAUAAGAACUGUGCAUCGUACACUACUGUCCUCAUGGUUUUAGUUCGCAAGGGAUUCUUGAACAAGGCGAUCCAUGUUUUUAGAGAGAUGAGAUGCUUGGGACUGGUUCCCAAUGAGGUGACUAUUGGGAGUAUGAUAUCAGCUUGUUUGGAAUCUGGGGGGGUCCGGAGUGGGAGAAUGCUUCAUGGAUUGGUUUUGAAGCUGGGUCUUCAUGGGUUUGUUCACGUUUCCACUAAUUUGCUACAUGUCUAUUGUGUCAGUGCUUCUCUCAGGGAUGCUAAUAUUCUGUUUGAUGAAAUGCCGGCAAGGAAUAUUGUUACAUGGAAUGUGAUGUUAAAUGGUUAUGCAAAGGCUAAGCUUGUACACCCAUUGAUAGAGCUUUUUGAGAAGAUGGUCGAGAGGGAUGUGGUUUCUUGGGGUACUGUAAUUGAUGGUUAUAUCCUUGCAGCAAAGUUACAUGAGGCUUUGACAUUGUAUAUGAAAAUGCUUCGUACUGGCUUGAAACCUAAUGAUAUUAUGAUUGUGGAUUUGAUUUCUGCUUGUUCAAGAAUGGUGGCAAUUUCAGAGGGCAAGCAGUUUCAUGGUGUGGCAUUGAAGACAGGGCUGGAUAGCCAUGACUUUGUCCAGGCAACAAUAAUCCAUCUUUAUUCUGCUUGUGGGGAAACUGAUCUUGCUUGUGUCCAGUUUGAAUUAGGUAACAAGGACCAUCCCGUGUGUUGGAAUGCUCUUAUUGCAGGACUAGUUAGAAAUGGUAAAGUUGACGCAGGUCGGUCUCUAUUUGACAGGAUGCCCGAUCCGGAUGUUUUUUCUUGGAGUUCAUUGAUAUCUGGUUAUUCACAAACGGAUCAGCCAGUUUUAGCACUGGACCUCUUCCAUAGAAUGGUGGCUUGUGGCAUAAAACCAAAUGAAAUCACAAUGGUAAGUGUCUUCUCUGCGAUUUCUACUCUGGGGACAUUGGAAGAUGGUAAACAGGCCCAUGAGUAUAUAUCCAAGAAUUGUAUUCCUUUAAACGACAAUCUGAGUGCAGCCAUAAUUGACAUGUAUGCUAAAUGUGGCACUGUGGAUACAGCUUUAGAGCUGUUCUACAAAAUCCAAGAUAAAGUAACUGAUGUCUCACCUUGGAAUGCGAUUAUAUGUGGAUUAGCUAUGCACAGUCAUGCUGAGCUGUCACUUGAAAUUUUCUCUGCUUUGGAGAGACAUAAUACCAUAAAACCCAACCCAAUCACAUUCAUUGGUGUCUUGACUGCUUGCUGCCAUGCUGGGCUUGUGGAAGUAGGUGAGGAAUAUUUCAAGAGGAUGAAGGAGUUUUAUAGAAUAAAACCAAACAUCAAACAUUAUGGUUGCAUGGUGGAUCUUUUGGGGAGAGCCGGAAGGUUGAAUGAAGCAGAAAGGCUUAUAGAGAGUAUGCCUAUGGAGGCCGAUGUUGUAGUAUGGGGUGCACUUUUAGCAGCAAGCAGAACACACGGAAACACAGAAACUGCGAAGAGAGCAGCUGAGAACUUGGCAAAAGUGGGGCCAUCCCAUGGGCCAAGCAGAGUCAUUCUGUAUAAUAUUUAUGCAGAUGCAGGCAAGUGGGAAGAUGCAUUUCUAGUCAGGCAAAAGAUGCAAACCCUAAGUCUGGCAAGGGAAAAAGCUUACAGUGGAGUAUUUAUUGAGCACCAGAGAAUCUCUUAGACAUAUGUUUGCAGAAAGUAUUAAACCUGUGACUGAGAUGCUGAGACAUGCAGUAGCUAGGAGCCCAGGACUGAAAAGGGAAAAUAGAAAAUUUCACUGAACCAGCCUUAAUUGCAUCACUCUGAGAACACAUUGGUUGAGAGACAAUCUUGGGUUUCAAAGGGUAAUGAGUUUUAUAAGAACUGGAAUGGAGAUAAAUACUGAUGUUCCCAAUCCAAAGGAGCGACAAGUGGAAGGAUCCAAAUCUGAGACAGAAACUCACAAGGAGGAUUCAGAAAAUGUUGCAAAUGUGCCUCCUGUAUUUAUUAAUUAUGGUGCCCUAGCUUGGGAAGAAACCCGCAGACAAUGGGUUGGGGACACUUCACGGAAGCCAAAGAAGAUAGCAAAAACCCCAAUCUUGCCUUGGUGGUCACUGAGAUAUGAGGACGUGCUGUUAACUUCUAGGCCUUUCCCAAAGCGAAUCCCUUUAUAUGAGAUGGUAGACUUUUUAGUUGACGAUUGGUGGUCUAAAUGGAUUUCUGACUAAGAGAAAUGGUGGGGUGGAAGAGGUGCAGUGAACAGCCAGGGUAGCAGUUAAAUUGCUGUUGAUUAAUAACGUAGCAGCCAUUUAAUCCCAGCAAGUUUAGAUAAAGCAUGGACUUAUUUUAUUACUGUUUGAGAUGAGAUUGUUCUGUUUAGUUGUUUGUUUAUUGAUCAUCACCCAUCUUUGUUAAUGUUGUGUUGUACUACCGUUUCCUUGGCUGAACUAAAUAAACA